UGAUAGAACGAAAUUGUUUUCACUUUCUGUGAAUUAAUUUCGAUAGAUUGAAUUACUAACUUACUAUGAUGUUUAUUUCACAAUUAAUAAUCAUAUUAAUAAGUGUUUUAAUUAUGCAUUUCACGAUUAAUAGUGAUGUAUUUGCUGAUGAAAACGUACAUAAAAAUGAAACAGCAUCGACCAGUAAUAACACUUUAAAACUAAUAUUGAAUGGAACAAAAUACAAAACGAACUCCAAGCGGAGAUCUGUAUUAAUCUUGAACGGUGACAACGCUUUGAGAUCUAAGAAAGUAACGAGUUUGUUAUACCAAGACUUUGACGAUAAAGGAAACAUAUUGAACACUCACGCUAUGUACGAUCUACGAGAUGUGGUUACAUUCUUCGAAGUUUUUCUUGAUACUGAAAUCUGCCAUGAAAAAUGUCCAAGUGGACCAGCUCAAACUUAAUAUUUAUUAAAUUAAAUUACAAAAAAAAUCACCCCAAAAACAAAGCUAAUACUGAUAAUAUUUUUUAAAUUAAAUUAAAUUACGAAAAAAUCACCCCAAAAACGUCGCUAAUACUGCUGGUGGAAUAUCCGACAACCGAUUAAAGAUUCCUUCAGUAGUUACCUGUAACACAAUUAAAAUAAUGUUAUAUUAAAGUUAUACUUUACAUUUU